AUGUUGUUCAAAUUUAUUAUUCUGUUCGUUACGGUCAAUUUACUUGUCGAAUUAGGCAAUGCCAGAAAAAUAUCUCACCCUACUACCGAUGGAAAACCAACAAAACUGCAUAAAAGUGUAAAUUUUGAUGAAGAUGAAACACGUCGUCCAAUUGAUUGUGCUGCAAUUUAUCGCAAGCAAGAACGCGAUGGUUCAGAUAUUACCAGUGGUGUUUACACAAUAUAUCCAGAAAAUAGUAAAUCAUUUAAAGUAUUCUGUGAUAUGGAAACUGAUGGCGGUGGUUGGACUUUCAUACAACGUCGAGGUGAAUUUAAACCUCAAGAAGACUUUUAUCGCAAAUUGAAGGAUUAUAAAGAAGGUUCCGGAGAUGGUCGAGGUGAAUUUUGGUUAGGAAAUGAUAGAAUUUAUACCUUAACAAAUCAAGAUAAAUAUGAUUUACGAUUCGAUUUUGAAGAUUACGGAGGAGCAAAACGAUUUGCUGUUUAUUCUGGUUUUCGUAUUGGUGAUGAAUCAACUGAUUACCGAAUGACAUUUGAUGCAUUUAUCAAGGGUGAUGCCGGUGACUCAUUAGCUGGACACAAUAAAACACUGGCUGGACAUAAUGGCAUGAAAUUUACAACUAAUGAUCGAGAUAAUGAUCACAGUACACGAUAUGGUAACUGUGCUCAAACAUAUAAAGGUGCUUGGUGGUAUUACGAUUGUCAUACGGUAAAUCCAAAUGGUCAACGAAAGAAUAAUAACUUAGGCGAAGGAAUUAAUUGGCAAACAUGGCAUGGUUGGACCUACUCAUUAAAGAAAAUUGAAAUGAAAAUUCGUCCAUCUAACUUCAACUUAUAA